AUGAUUCCACAACCUAUCCAGAAAGUCUUUGAUGCGGUACCAUUGAGGACGUAUCCCAAUGAACUGAACGCAGUUACGCCUGAGAAGUUAUAUUCGUUCUCCCUGAAAUCCCCACCAAAUCCGCUUAUACUUGGAGUUUACAACACUUUUGAGCUUGGCAAGGAUGUUUUGCCAACUGACCCAGUUUCACUUUUCACGUUGAUAAUACUAGCCAAAAAAAAUGGAUUUGGAUUACCAGACACUACAAGUGAGAGCGGUAGUGGUAUCACUCGUAUCCCAUUUCGUGGAUCUCCAUCAAACUCACUCCCAAUUUUGAUCAGUGAUGGUUCUGUGAGAACAAUUGAAAACUCUGAGCAAAUUGAAAAGAAGAUUGCGUCCAACAACAUAGAGACGGAAAAAAUUCGCCUUAUUAAUGAAUUUGUCGAUACGGUUCUUUUUGAUUCAUGGAUUUCAUGUUUGCUAGCGGAAAAGCUAUCUCUCGCAACUUUUCACCAACUCUUUGGUAUCGACAAUGAAUUGGAAGUCUAUGAAUUGAAGAGACAGAUACCAAAAUGGAACAGCUUCUCCACCAGACAUUCUUCGUUCUCUGAACAUUACCAAAAGAGUCGAUACUUGCAGUCAUUCUAUGAAAUACAAUGCGGUGCAUUUGAAACUGCACUCGAGCAGUUACAAGACUACUUGGACAGUUCGGAUCAAGAACAAUCCAUUAUAAAAUACAAAGUUGCCGCUUUCGUCAUUAUUUUCAAUCGCUUUUUAAAGGAUACAGCAAUGGGAGAGGUAUUGAGCCGGUUUCCAAACGUAAUCAUCAAAUCCUACGGUGUGUUGGAAAACAACUAA